CAAGAAUCCCGCCACCGCCGCGCGCGAAGGCUUUCCAUGCUUUUGAGGCAACCAUGCGGUCGCGCCACACGUGGCCAUGCAAAGCCUAAUAAUCGAGAAUCGUGAUAUCACCAGCCACGCCGAUCCAUCGCGGUGAGGCUCUCGGCCGAUUGAGCGCGCAGGAACAUGGUUCAUCACGUGCUGAUACUUUUUUCUGAACGUCAAGCCCGCCGCCUCGUUCUUGCUUCUCGAGCAUCGCGCGCAACGCUCGCCGAAUUCGCACGCUUACCCGACGCUCCCUACUCCGCCAUUCUACAAAUCAAUCCGCUCCUGUGCUGGCAGGGAAAGAGGGCAGCAUCAGAGGUCUCGAGAUGUCUACGACGUACACGGAGACGAGCGCAGCCGCAGGACCAAGCGGGCGACCGGCUGCCUCGAGCAGACAAAUUCCCAUCGUCCUCACAACGACUCUUGGUGGUCUACAAAUUCCACAGCAGCCGUACUUGGUACCCACAACUUGGAAACGAACUCACCUCUCCAGUCUAGUCAAUAGGCUACUGAGUUCCAACAGAGAAGCGGGGGAUGUUGUAUCUGCAACGGCUGCAAGCAUCCCAUUCGACUUCAUCGUCAGAUCUACGGGCGAGAUUUUGAGGAGCAGCGUGCAGGACUGGCUGGAUGCGAAUGGUAGGACAGAGGAAGAGACGCUCGAGCUGGAGUACAUCCGUAGCACACUACCACCGCGCUUUACAGCUGCAUUUGAGCAGGAUGAUUGGAUUUCUUGUGUCGAUGCGAGUCGGGACGGGUUAUUUUUGACAAGCUCGUACGACGGAACGUUGCGCCUCUUUGGUGAAAGUUGCAUCUCGGCACUGAUGAAUCAUAGGAUACCCUCUGGUGUUGCCGGUCUUGGGUUGACAGGAGCCCGCUUCGUCGUCUCCCACCCUGCCUCGUCUAGCGCUCAAAUCUUGGCGAGCGGCAUGGACGGGAAAGUCCAUCUUUUGGUUAUCUCUCUGCCAACAAGUACCGAGGUGGUUGAGGGACAAGUUUCAUCACCUCAGCUGAUCGCUAGUGGUGUCACUUCGAGCUCUUUGGGUCAGUCACCUAUCUCCUGCCUGAAUGUGGCGCCCUCACAGGACGUGGCGAGCUGGAAGGCCUUGACGGGCGCGUGGGACGGCAGUGUGUCGUUUUGGGAUUCGACUUCUCUCGUCGAUGCGCCAAGCACUUCCAUCGAGCUUCAGUCCAAGAAGAGACGAAAAGCUGAGAAGGGGUCUAUAGCUGCUGGAGAGAACGUGGAGCACACUGGCAAGAUUCUGAAGUCCAAAGCUACGUUGUGGCACGCCGCGCCGAACCCCGCUCCGCCCAGCAAUUUACCGCCUGCAAUCGCAUCCAGCGCCCCCUCGGCUAUGCCGAGCUCAAAUGCGCGCGUCGGUGGAGUAGCUUUCGACAAGAACAGGGAAGGCUUCGCGUACUCUGCGGGGUGGAACGGGUCAGUCAGAGAGUGGGAUCUGGAAAUUGGAGCUGCGGUAGGACAAAAGACAUGCGAUAGACCCAUCCUGUCCAUGACGCACCUUGCACCUUCUGGUAGCACGGCAGGUCUGCUGACGGGUCACAUGGAUCGAAGCAUAGCGCUAUGGGAUCCGAGAAGUGCUUCGUUGUCUGCGCUCAGCGUCAACAUCGCUGGCGCGGCCGCAGGGCCGAUUUCAGCUUUAUCUUCGCAUCCUACGUCCCCACAUUUGUUUGCCGCAGGCUCCCACGAUGGCGCUCUGAAGUUGUGGGACAUACGAAGUCCCAAGAGCGCGCUAUUCAGCCUCAAGACCUCUUUGGGUGCAGCGCCGGGACAAGAAAAUUUGACAAAGGUCCUCACAGUGGAUUGGGACAGGUCAGGUCAGGUGUUGGUCUGCGGUGGCGAGGAUAAGAAGUUGACGGUACACCGAGGCGAGGGAAUUGGGAGAAACGAUCUUGCAAAGCAGUAAAGGCGGUCUGGCGUGCUCGACCAGCAUGCUACUAUUGUUGCAGAGAUGCUUGGUAUAAUGGCAUGGCUACGCGACUGCGUCGACUGACUCUAUACGUAGGGUGCAUGCGUAGCUCGCCGUCUUCUCAUCUCUUUGCAAAAGUCCUCGGAAGCGACUGCUCAGCUGUUUGACUUGAGCCAAGAUCUACAUGUCCAUGGAUAUGAGUCGACUGCGACUUGCCCGAUCGAGACUGGCCA